UCAUAUUAUAAAUUUGCGACGUAAAAAGAGAAAAAAUGAAAAGCUCUUCCAUCGCUGGAUAAAAGUGAAAGUAAAAGUAGCUGUAACAGAGGCAAAGUCCAAAAGUUGCGCUUGUGAUGCUUUACCCACAGUAGCUGAAUAAAGAAGAAACAAUGUCCGCUGCAUCAAAUGAGAAUUGGCAGAGACUGUUCAAGAAUUUGGGGUUGCCUGUUGGUUUAUCUGCGGCAGCUCUUGGAACCAUGUAUUUUUUAAGGAAAUUUGGAAUAAUUUAUCAGUUAUUUCACAAGGUUGAUAGCAAGACAAAGAGAAAUGGUGGUGACAUAGUGGCAGAUGUCUUGAAGGCCCAUGGAAUUAAGUAUGUGUUUACCUUAGUUGGAGGGCAUAUAUCCCCCAUUCUGGUGGCCUGUGAGAAACUUGGAAUCAGAGUUGUUGACACUCGACAUGAGGUCACCACAGUGUUUGCUGCAGAUGCUGUGGCCAGGAUGUCAGGAACCAUUGGUGUAGCAGCUGUGACUGCUGGACCAGGUUUGACCAACACAGUGACGGCGGUGAAGAAUGCCCAGAUGGCAGAGUCCCCUGUUCUUCUGAUAGGUGGUGCUGCCGCCACUUUACUCAAGGGUAGAGGAGCUCUGCAGGACAUUGACCAGAUGUCCCUGUUCAAACCUCUCUGUAAAUACUGUGCCUCUGUUACCAAGAUACGUGACAUCGUGCCCACACUAAAGAAGGCUCUUCAUGAGGCACAGUCAGGCACUCCAGGGCCAGUAUUCGUUGAGUUUCCCAUUGACACUUUGUAUCCCUAUGAACUUGUCAGGAGAGAAAUUGGAAUGAAAGAAAAGGGUCCAGUUAAUUUUGUUCAACGAAUAAUCAACUGGUAUUUGAUGAACCAUCUCAACAAUCUGUUUGCUGGAGCUUUUGAGACACGAGACAUGUCCCCAAUACCUGUCAAUCAACAGAAAGCCACACCUUCUCAAGUUCAGAAGAGUAUAGAACUCAUCACCAAGGCCAAGAAACCCGUGGUUCUGGUUGGAAGUCAGGCCACCCUUCCCCCUGUCCCUGUAGAACAGCUCAGAAAGGCACUGGAGGAUAUGGGGAUUCCAUGUUUCCUGGGAGGGAUGGCCAGAGGUCUGCUGGGAAGGUAUAGCCCGAUACAGGCCCGACAGAAGAGGGGGGAGGCACUGAAAGAGGCCGAUGUAGUCAUCAUGGCAGGUGCUGUGGCUGACUUUAGGCUUGGUUAUGGGAGAGUCCUCAACAGGCGAUCAAAAAUCAUCACUGUUAACCGAAGCAAGGAGCAGCUUUACAAAAAUUCGGACAUGUUCUGGAAGCCCACUAUAGCUGUGGAGGGAGAUGUUGCCAGCUUCAUUGUACAGAUAUCCCAGGGACUGAAGGGCUACAAAUGUGACCCGGACUGGAUCCAGGCACUCAAGGACAAAGAUCAGACUAAGGAGAAGGCCAACAUGUUGAAAGCAGAGGAGAAAACGGACCAGCAUUUGAAUCCUCUGAAGGUUUUACACAUUGCAGAGGAAGUGAUGUCAGAUGACACAGUUAUGGUUGCUGAUGGCGGAGACUUCGUGGCGACAGCCGCUUACAUUCUUAGACCCCGAGCCCCACUACACUGGCUGGAUCCCGGAGCCUUUGGCACCCUGGGGGUGGGUGGAGGCUUUGCCUUGGGGGCCAAGUUAUGUCGUCCCGACAGUGAUGUGUGGAUCAUCUAUGGUGACGGUUCCCUUGGUUACAGUGUUGCAGAGUUCGAUACAUUUACUCGACACAAGAUACCUGUGAUAGCUCUCGUAGGGAAUGAUGCUGGGUGGACACAGAUUGAGAGAGAACAAGCCCCCAUGUUUGGAAGCAGUGUUGCUUGUAAAUUGGCUUUUUCUGAUUAUGAGACAGUGGCCAUUGGAUAUGGUGGCAAAGGGCUAAGACUAGACCGAACAAAUGAAGACAGGAUUCGUGAAGUCCUGAAGGAGGCCAUUAAAAUGAGUAGAAGUGGAAACAGCGUCCUUAUCAACACCCUCAUUGGAAAAACCAAUUUCCGUGAAGGCAGCAUCUCUGUCUGAGAUCCUGUUGCUUGCUUAAUAAGACGAGACCAGUUCCUGGAAGAAUGUUCAAGAAAGGUCACUGUGUCCACUUCAAAAGGAAGUGUCUGUUGUGGAAACAAACUUUUUUUCAUUUCUUAGUUUAUACACAUUAAUCAAAUCUCUUCAAUAGCUUACUCUACUUGAACUAAAGCAUUUAAGAUAGUGUGUAUUGUAUUUUACAAAGUUUUCCUAUUUUGAAGCUAUUUACCAUUAUGACAUCAUUUCAUCAAUAAAGUGACUGUGAUACAAGUUCCAUUCCUGGUAAUAAUGUAUAUAAAGUUUGUUUAUAUGCAUGCAAUACUUUAAAAUGACCCGAGUUUAACAUUGGGUAAUGUCAUAUGACCACUGAUUGAUCAAUGAGUGAUAACUGAGAAAAGAGCUUUUCAGUGUAUCUUUUCAAUUAAAAAUUCAUUGUUCUAACUUUGUCAUCAGUAACAUAAUGAUCAAUCAUAAAACCUUUUUGUUUAUAUGUCUAUAUUUGCUCCUUAAUAAAAAAUAAUUUUCUCUCCAAA